UAUUAUCUACAAUAGAGAACAUGGCGGCUACCAAUGUGAAGCAGUUCCAGAGUUUCUGCGAGAGUGACAAACAGUGGCGAGCAAGGGAGGAAUUUCUACUACGAAAUCUGGAGAGGUUCCAGGAAGACAAUGAUAUGGACAAGCUGCUCGCUCUGUCUAUGGUCUGGGCUAAUCACGUCUUUAUGGGAUGCCGAUACAGUGAUGAACUUCUGGGAAAAGUUUUCGCUAUGGCAAACGGUAUUCACAUAGAAGAUGCUCCACAUUUCACCACCAGGGAUGAAAUAGUGAAACGGAAUCAAAGUCACUGAUAUGGAUUCAGUGCAGUGAUGGAUGUCCGAAGAUUGAUUUGUA